AUCGGCUCAUAACAUAAUCUAAACGCGUGUGACUUCCUCUCUUCCUUCUUACACGACACGAGAUCAUCGAAUUUGGACCGUAAAAGAUAAAAAAAAAAACAGCUUCAUAAUCAAAUCAUCAUCAUCAUGUUGACGAACACGAUCUAAUUUUUCCUUUUACAUAUACAAUUCCCCAAACUCCAGAUUUCUUCCUUGUUCAUCUUGUUUCAACCCUCGCUUACGUUUCCGACUUCUCCACAUCUCUCGAUUCAGCUUCGAUUAGAUUUGAAUUGGGAAGUUGACAAGUUUGAAGAUUUUUCAUUUGAUGGAUUGAUCUGAUUUCGAAAUUUUCAUUUCCCGUUUCGGGUUCAAUUGAUUUCGAUCAGAUUGAACCCAGUUGUUCUCAAUCCAAACAGGGCUACUUCAAUUGGAGUCUGAUUAAAGAUCUGUUUCCUCAAAAAAAAGGAUUCGACUUUCUCUGAGAUGGUAUAUUUCCAGAACUCAAUCUCCGUCGUAGACCAAUCUCCAGUCAUGGCUCAAUCAGCAGAUUUUCAUCAUCAUUCAAAGCAAUCAAGAAGCAGCAGCAACAGAAAGUCAUCAUCAUCGUCGUCAAGCUGUUCUUCACAUUUCCAAGUCUGCUGCGACGGAUCUAGAUCAGCUGCAAUAGAUGUUUUGAUCUUAAUCGCUGUGAUCACAUCUUCCGGGUUCUUGAUCUUCCCUUACAUCAAAUUCAUCACUGUCAAAUCUGUUGAAAUCUUCUCAGAGCUCUCUUGUUUAGUCAAAGAAGAGAUUUUGCGUAACCCUGAUCCAAUUGUGUACGGUUUGAUAGCUUUGAGUAUCUCGUGUACUGCGUUAUCGGCUUGGAUGAUUGUUAUACUCUUGUGUAGUCGUCAUCGAUGUGGGAAACCGAAUUGCAAAGGGCUUAGGAAAGCUAAUGCUGAGUUUGAUAUUCAGUUAGAGACUGAGGAUUGUGUUAAGAGCUCUAAUAGUGGCAAGAGUGUUAGCAAGAAGGGUUUGUUUGAGUUGCCUCGUGACCAUCACCGUGAGUUAGAGGCGGAGUUGAAGAAGAUGGCUCCACCGAAUGGGAGAGCCGUGCUGGUGUUUCGGGCGAAAUGUGGGUGUUCUGUUGGGAGAUUAGAGGUUCCUGGACCUAAGAAGCAGCAACUGCAACAAAGGAAGGUCAAGAAGUGAUGAGAAAAGGUUUAAUCUUUUUGAGGUAAAGAUGGAAUCAUUACAGGUUAUGAUGAUGAUGAUGAUUACUUUGAUUAGCUUAUAAACAACCUUUUUUUCUUUUUGGUUUAGUUAUUUUCACAAGAACUUCUUACAGAAACUAAUACUAUGUUAAAUCUCCAUGUGUUUAAAUAAAAGCUUUACAAGGAUAUUACAAGAGAAAAUGGUUAACAGUGAAGAAUAAAUUAUUUUUUAAAAAAAAAUUCUUAAAUGUGUUCUUUGGUUUCUUGAUUCUGUUUUCUGGCUCUCAUGGUCUUAUGGUAGUGAUCCAAACCCUUGUAUAUGCUCUGGAUUCUGGCGUUUAUGUGUUUCUGGUUUAUGAUCUGGUUGGGAGUUUUAUCAUAAAUGUUAGAAACUUUUGGGAUCUUUACUUGAUGGUUUUGAAAUA